ACCUUGCCCCAGUCGGAUUUUAAGGUCUUUUAAGGCUUUAUUUAGCUGUCACAAAGUUGAAAAGAGUAAACGUGUACAUUUCCAAGUGCUGGAAACAAAAGUUUCACACCAUAUUUUGGGUGGCAUCAUUUUUACGCGCUAAAAAGUGAAUUUUGAGUUUUGUGCUGUAAAAUGGACACAUCGAACAACGUACGCCUGCAACUUCAGCAGCAGCAGGCACGCAAAUCGAAUCAAAACAUUCAGGUCUAUGUGCGCGUUAGGCCGCUGAAUGCACGCAAGCGAUGCAUACGCUCCGCAGAGGUUGUGGAUGUGCUCAACCCACGCGAGAUCCUCACACGCCACACACUCGACUCGAAGUUGACGAAGAAGUUUACGUUUGAUCGGAGCUUCGGCCCCGAGUCCAAGCAAUGCGAUGUCUAUGCGGUGGUGGUGUCGCCCCUGAUCGAAGAGGUGCUAAGCGGCUACAAUUGCACGGUGUUCGCGUACGGACAGACGGGUACUGAACAGAAC